CGAAUCACAUGACAGUCACGUGGGACAAAAUGGCCGAAGACUACGGUGUUGUCCGCCUGAACUUUUUUAACAAGAUCGCUGUGAUUCGUUUGGUAAAUGGAGAUAACAAAAUUAACGGAAGAUUUGUCCAAUCCCUCAAUAAAGCACUUGAUUCAGUCGAGGGUAACCCUAACAUCAAAGCUCUAGUAACCACAGGGGAAGGUAAAUUCUACAGUAACGGCCUGGACGUCCAAUGGUUCUCUUCAAUCGAUGAAAGGACAUAUAUAAAGUUCUUUCAAGAUCUUCAUGAUAUCCUGGCUCGACUGCUAACAUUUCCCAUGCCCACUGUAGCGGCAUUAAACGGUCAUGCCUUUGCAGGCGGCGGUAUCCUAGCCCUGUGUCAUGACUACCGCACAAUGCGGACAGGAGCCGGCUGGCUGUGCCUUAAUGAAGUCCAUAUCAAACUGAGAUUCUCAGAAUUUAUAAUGGGCUUACUGAAAUCGAAAAUAUCUAGCCCAGUCUUAACUGAAGUGGCCAUUCUAGGCAAGCGUUUCACGGCAGAGGCAGCCCUCGAGGCAGGUCUUGUAAAAUUAAUAACAGGUCCUGAAAAACUGAUAGAGAAGUCAUUGGAGCUGGCAAACAGUUUGGUCGGUUCUAAGGGAUACGAUCGUGUCACUCUUCAAAAUAUGAAGAAGGAUAUGCAUGCUGCUGUAUUAGCAGUGAAGAAUAGUGGUAUAAGAGGGAAGGCGGAAUUUGAAGCUGUCAGAAAAAGAAAUGCAUCUAAAUUGUGACUAAAACGGUUGACGAAUCGUUUAUCCUGCAUUUAAUAUGAAAAACGGUGUUAAAUUUAGUGAGUCGCCUAUUGGGGGUUUGUUUUGGGGCAUUGGCAUUUACUUUUCUAUUUAUCUAUAUAUAUAUUAAUUUACUAAAAAUGACGUAUAAAAACUUGAGAUUUUUUAAAGCUGGACGGGCAGUCAUACAUGCGGGUUGAAGGCAAGUAUCUAAUACAAAUCAUGUUUGGAGUUUUUCUUUGUUUAUAAUUACAUUUUACGCGUGCCGUGAGCAAUUAAAUUCUCACUGCUUUACAGCAGUAAAGUUAUUGAUUGUUGAAACAUUAUUUUGUUAUAUAUAGAAUUUUAUAUUUGAUAAAAGAUGGACACUUUGUCAAUAUUUGAAUCUUGCAAAUCGUCUGAUGUAUAACAAAGAUAAAUAGCUGGUAAUAACAUAUUUAAUCAUGUAUGACCGUUUUUAUUGUUUAUGCCUAUAUUUUACGUGAAAGCGAUUAAUUUUUCACCAUUUUAUAUGCAAAACAUUUGGUGUAACAUCAUGCAUUGUGCCAUAAAUCUCACAUAUUUUCUUUCGUAGGCCUAUCCGGUGUAUCACUUAGAAGAGUUUAGCGGCGAUGAUUACAUUUCUGAAUUUACGCACACAUUUCAAUGUGACUAUACUUAACGCUUCAGCAAGCAAUUCCUCACUGUCACACAGUCAUAAAUUUGAUGUAACAUUAUUGCUGAAAUAUUUAUGAAUAAAUAUAUUGUAAAAGAUUAAGCCAAAUGUUCGUCUUGCAUGUUGACCAUUAUAACGUAGAAGAGAUUCACAUGGAGGGUUUCAUUUCUUCAUUUCCGUUGUCAGAAAACUAGACUGUCGCCCGUAUUCUAUAAGGUCACUCACACUCACACUCAUAGAGUGCCACUUGACACUCAAUGAGUGAAAGGUUUACCUCAGACUUGAACCUUUCACAGACCUCACUCACACUCAUUCAAGUUAUUAAUUUUGAGUGAUGGUUGAGUGUGUGGUACACCUCCCUCAACAUUCACUCAGUUCAAUGUUUGUUUACCAAAAUGGCGGAUGUGUGGCUAAAUAGAAUAGAAGACAAUAAUAGAUUACAACAUGUUGGCGGUCAAGUGCGAAGAGAGUACAAUUUUGACUAUGAAAAGUAUACUGACGAGGAGUUCAGAAGACGUUACAGACUGACGAAAGACGCCUUCCAGGAAUUGUUGCGUUUGGUAAUACCAAUGAUAGCCCCUCAUAAUGAAAGAGGCAAUCCAAUCCCUGCAGAUAUACAGCUGCUACUUACACUGCGUUUCUAUGCCACUGGCACCUUCCAGAUGGCUUGUGGAGAUCUCUGUGACAUUUCCCAGU